AUGUGUUCCAAGAGGAGGAAGAUAAGGCUUUCAGAUCUUGAUUUCCUGGACGGGGAUGAAGAGAUCGAGCCGAAAGUUGGUGCCAGUCGAACUGGUAAGCAGGGUAUACGAAAGAUCAAGUUUAAGAGAAUAAAGAAAGAAGAUGCCAGGAGGAUCAAGGAAGAGGUGCAAAGCGAGGACGUUAAGAAAUUUUUGGGGGUGUCCGGGGAACCGGAAAGGGAGGAGGACCUUGAAAUUUCGAUCGGCACGAAGAAAAAAAGUGUCAGUGGUGGAAAUGAGAAUGAUGAACAUGUGCAAGGAGCACAGACAGGAAGAAGUAUAUUGGACGAGUUGGGGGAGAAAGAAAGGCUGCAGGGGAGAAGAAAUGGUUCAGUAGGCAGUAGUAGGGAUGAGAGGCCGAGGCAGAGUUUGGAGCGGAGGCAGAAUGAGCGUGAAACUCAGCGAAAUGGGAAAAACGAGCAGCACAGCUUGGAAAGUGAUCCUGGCGUUGACAGGGACUGGUACACGCAGGAUGAGGAGCUGGGCCACCGAUAUAUGAAUGAAUUUGAUGCCGAGGAGCAGGAGCAGAUGCCCUUGGUGCGAAAGAUGCGUCCGCAAAGCAGGAUUCGGCAUUUUGAUGAUGGAGAGGACGAAGUUGAUCCAGACAUCAAUCUUGUGGUUCACCGACUUACGCCGCCGUUUUUGGACGCGAAGGCGGUGCUGAGCGAUGGUGCCGGAGUCAGGGAUGUAGUGCGGGACCGGACCGGGGAUUUGUACCGGGUUGCACGCGAGGGAUCAGGGAUCGUGGCGGAAAAUCGGCGGGAGCAGGAGCGGAGUCGAAAUGCAAGAGAUGUGGUUGAUGGAAAGGGCAGUGGAGGAGGGGAAGAAGUAGCAGGGAAAGUGAAGAAAGAGAGGCAAAGUAGGAAAGUUGAGAAAGCGGAGAAGGUAAUAGAAGAUAAAGAAACACACAGACGAAAAAUCCAACAGGAAAGACGGCGUUUGCCAGCAUACAAGAUCAAAGAGCAGUUCUUGCAGGCGGUGCACGACAACCAGGUGCUUGUGGUGGUCGGGGAGACGGGAUCGGGCAAGAGUACGCAGCUCCCGCAGUUUCUAAGGGAUGCGGGAUACUCGAGGGCCGGGAUGAUUGGCAUUACACAGCCGAGAAGAGUGGCAGCAAUCACAGUUUCGUCCCGGGUGAGUGACGAGAUGGGGGUGGAAUUGGGCCGGGAGGUGGGGUACGCGAUCCGGUUUGAAGAUAACACGUGUCCGCAGACGCAGGUGAAGUUCAUGACGGAUGGAAUCUUGCUCCGCGAGUUUUUGCAGGAUGCAGAUCUCGACCGGUACUCGUGCAUAAUCAUGGAUGAGGCCCACGAGCGGUCUUUGAGCACUGACAUCUUGCUUGGGCUAUUGCGGGGAGUUUUGUCGCGUAGGAGGGACCUGAAGCUCAUUGUGACGUCGGCAACGAUGAAUGCGGGCCGGUUCUGCAGCUUUUUCGGCCAUGCGGAGCAGUUUGUCAUCCCAGGCAGAACGUACCCGGUGGAUAUUGAAUUUUUGAAAGUUCCACCCCUGGACUACGUGGAAUCGGCGGUCCGGCAGGCCAUCCGGGUGCACGUGGGUGCACAGGGACCCGGCGAUAUUCUCGUGUUCAUGACGGGGCAGGAGGACAUCGGUGUGACGUGCAGGGAAAUCGAAAAGAGAUUGUGCGAGUUGUCGCAGGUGGACAACACCCUUGCACCACUUGACGUGCUACCCAUCUUCUCGAUGCUCGCAGCGGCGAGCCAGGCGCGGAUUUUCGACGCGUCGCCCCGUCGCAAGUGCAUCGUGGCCACCAACAUCGCCGAGACCUCGCUCACGGUGCCCGGAGUCCGGUACGUGGUGGAUUCAGGACUCGUGAAAGUCAAAGUGUACAAUCCGCGGCUUGGCAUCGACGUGUUGCAGACCGUUCCGAUCUCCCGAGCCCAGGCGGACCAGCGGGCCGGCCGAGCAGGCCGUACUGCCCCUGGAAAGUGCUUCCGCAUGUACACUUACGGGGAGAUGGCUGCAGAAAUGUUCGCGGAACCGAUUCCGGAAAUCCAGCGGACCAACCUCGACAGCACUGUUUUGGUGCUCAAGUCGCUCAAUGUGGCCAGCAUCGACAAGUUUCCUCUUCUGGACAGGCCCUCGGCCGAGGCUCUGGCCACCGCCCAGUACGAUCUUUGGGCACAGGGUGCGUUGGGCAACGAGGGCGGGCUCACAGCUUUGGGUGCAAGGAUGUGCCGGCUCCCCCUCCCCCCGGCCCUUGCCAAGCUGCUCGUGCUGUCAACCCUGCACCACUUCCACUGUGUGGCCGAGUGCCUGACGCUGGUGGCCAUGCUCACGAUACCGGCCGUUUUUCUGCGUCCCCGGGGCGAUUCCCGGCUGCAAAACAGGUCUGACCGUGCCCGGGAGCGGUUUCUGGCCCUCCAGAGUGACCACCUGACCCUUGUCAACGUGUACGAGCAGUUCGAGGCCCACGGCCAGGACCCCGUGUGGUGCCAGCACAAUUUCUUGCAGUACCGGUCUCUCCGGAGGGCCCGGGAUGUGAGGAAUCAGCUUGAGAGCAUUCUGCGGGCUUCUGGUUACAACACGCGGGAAUCCGCGGCAGGAGACCCAGAUCUUGUCCGUGAGUGUGUGUGUGCGGCGUAUUUCCAGCAUGCAGCUGUUUUCAAGAAGUACGGCAGCUACCAGAACCUUCGAAGCGGCAUGGAGGUCGCCUUGGCACCAACGUCCGCACUAUUCGGCAUGGGUGACCUCCCCCGGUACGUCGUGUACCACGAGGUGGUUCUCACGGGGAAAAUGCAGCACAUGAACUGUGCUACCGCGGUUGAUGGCCUGUGGCUUGCCCGUUACGGCUCUGUAUUCUACGCGGAGCGGAAUCCGGCGGAAUCCGGCAUCCAGCACCAAAAGCGUGUCGAGGCCGAGUUUGCCCGUGUCGUCCACACUGCGGAAUGA